GCCUGCAUGUCGCGCGAGCACGGGCUGCUGUCGCCGGCGGCGACGCCUUGCACGCGCAUGCCAUUAUCAAAUGCAAAGCCGCAAAGCUCUUGAGAAGAUGUUGGGCCCUUCUUGUCCGUUGUGCGGGUGUACGAGACGGCCACCGAUCAAGUGAGUGAGCUCGGACAUUCGCGUCGGUGUGGAAAAACAAUGCAUUGCUUGUCAACGACUGACAGAGGAGGCGGACGAACAGCAAGAAGUUGCAGCAGCAGACGAAGAAGACGAAGCUUCAGGGAUUUCGCCCUCUGCGAUUUCAGUUUGAUCUCGUUUCUGCUGCUGCUGCUGGUUAUUGUUGUGCAGGCUUGCGGUGCGAGUGCUGGGAACGAGUUUAAUGUCGUAGGCGUUCGUCAUUCCGGGGCCAGCCAGGAAGGAAUCGAAGUUGAGGAGAUCCCGGAGCUUGGAACAUGGAAUGCUCUCACGCACUGCAUCAGAGAUAGCAAAGAGGAGCGCGCUUUGGAGCGUUGGUUAUUCUGCGUGGAAGUGGUCAGGUCGCGGGAGCUCUCUGGAAUUCCGUUACAUGUUCGGGAAGCUGAGGCGAUCAUUCAAAGAAAUGCGGUUUCUAAUGUGUAUAGUGAAUGGUCGAGAACAGAGUUGAUUGAAGCACGAGAAGGCAGGUGGCGUCCUCUGAUGGAUCUACGGCAGCCAGAGGAUCAGCUCGAAUGCGCUGAGCCCAGAGAAAGCGAGAGAGCGCAGCGUCCAAAGCUGCUUUUGUCCAAAGAUGGUCCAGUGCGUGGAGAUUCUGGGCUUUUCGCCGUGGAGGAUGCGCCUCGGAGUGCAGAGAAAGGCUCUGUGGAUGGACUGGAAAUGUUAAAUAUUGAUUCCAGAAAAUGUGAUUCCGUCUCCACUAUAGAAAACAAUGGUGGCAGAGGCUUUGUUUCAGGAUCGGCUGGGCUCGUCAGUAAUUCGAGCGAUAAUGACAGCACCAGUCGAGAUUAUUUUCUGUCGUACAGAGCCGAUGAGAACCAGGGGUCUUCGUCAGAUAGUGGUGAGGAGGUGGAGCAGGUUCUUGCAGCUUCCAAAGGAAGUGGAGGAAGGGAUUAUGUACAACAGCACUCUGAAAUGUCCGUGCCUCCAGCUAAUUCUAUCAAGGCCGAACCCUUGAAGCCUAGUAAUGCAGGGGGCAUAGUGUCUCAGGGCGGACUGGUUGUGGAGAAAGAACAGGUCUCGACAACUUCAGAGCAAGACUCACGUUCAAAUGAUAAUAUGACUGGUGCUGUCACAUAUGCGGCCAUUGUUGGAGCUCUGACAUUGAUGCUGGGAGCUCAACUUGGAAGGGGCCGUCAGAAGCCUAAAAAACAGUCAGAAUUGUCCAGUGGGAGAUGGAAAUCAACCAUGAAAGGCAGUGCACGUCAUGUUGAGGAUCAGUUCCCGAUGGAUCUGCAGAAAUUGUCGGAGCCUCUCGGCAUGGCCGUCGCGCAGGUUUUAUUUGAGGUUUUGGAACAAAACAGAGGUUACCAUGAAGGUUCAUUAUCAGCGGAAAGCCUGUCUCACCUCCUGGAAAGUGCCUUGACGGAAUCCUUGAUGCCGGUACUGGGGGAUGAUCGAUCGCACUUUGUGGACAAGUUCAGAGAGUCCUUCAGUAGUACCUACAGAACGAGAGCAGGUGUAAGGUGUGCCUUUUUAAGAGCCGGAACGAAGCAAACGCCUAACAGACAGGCAUCUGCAAAGCCCUGGAGGGGAUCACAACCCAAAUCAAGACGAGAGACUUACAAUGAACAGAAUUGUGACGAAGUUGAGAGAUCCUCCGCCAAUCGUGAAGAUAACUUUAAGAAACCCCUGAAGGUAGGAGGUGCCCACAAGGCAUUAGCAGCUCCACCAAGGCAUCAGGAGAAGGCUUUAGACUCCAGUUCCGAUCAGGGAAUCGCGUCUUUUUUCUCUACCACCAGGUACGAACAAGACGGGCAAAGCGAUUGUGCAGGCAGCAGCACAGGAAACUAUUACGAUAGAAACUCCCUGGCUCAGAUAUCACAAGCCGCGUCAGGUAGCCGAGGAGAAAAUACCUCCUAUUUCGAAGGUGAGUGCUCACAGGACGAGCGAAUGUACUCAGCCGACGACUCCAGCGGAAGUGAAGAAUGGAUUGUUCUUGAGGGGCAGGUGAAGCAGUCAGAAGCUGUCAGGCGGAUGGGAAGUGCAGCCGUUGAACACUCUUCUCGACAUCAAUAUCUAGGAUAUGAGAAAUCUACUGAUGAGCAGGACCGACUUAUGGCUGGCUCAGCUGAUAUGGCAAGUACCAAACAUCGUACCAGCAGUUCAGUAGGAGCUGCCGCUAGUUCUGUGGAUUCUCAGUGGGAAGGUGGGCCUUUCGGGAAUCGAGGCCUUGUGACUCCAACACUGGAUUUGUCGGAUCAAACUCUGGAUAUUGAAAAUUACUUAGACCUCACAAGUGGCCGAGGACCGAAGGACUACAUGGAGCGUUCUCUCAAUAGGUUGGCAGGUGAUAGCCUAUUGCACUCUAGAAGGCCCAAUGUCGCAAGCCAGACGACAACUGAGGAUAGUCGAUAUAGUUCACUCCGAACCCCCGAGCAUAAUACGAGCUUGCAUGGCAGGCGAGGAACUGGUGAAGGCUUGAUAAGGGAAUCUGUUUCUGCAGACAAUAGCGGAAUCCGGUAUCGGGGUACUCCACCCCAUUCGAAAGUAGAUAGAAAUGAAAGUUCAAGCCUAUCGAUUCAAGAUGCUCUGGUACUCGCAAGUUCUUCCAACGUUGUCGGUUACAAUGCUGCAUUGGACGAAAGGUAUAAUCUCUUUGAGAGGUCUGUGGCAGCUCAAGAGCACCACAAUCGAUUGCUCACCUGGGAACUGCAUCACAAGAUGAAGGGUCUUGCCAUCAAGGAACAGCAUCUGCACCUGCAUUCAGAGUCCAACUCUCUCAUGAAAGACAACGUGGAUCUAAGCCGUACCAAAGUGGAGUUCAAGGAAAAUGAACUACAGGACCGCAAGUUAACCUUAGCGUACUAUAAUUUCAACCGAACAUGUGCAGACGAGUUGGUAGCUGGGCUGUGCGUGAUGCUUACGGCUCUUAGCUUCAGUUUCUGGAAGUUCUCAUACGACCGGCUUACUACAGUUGUGACAGUGUGCCAACCUUCCGUCAGGGAAACUCAUGAAGGCGGCUGGAUGGGCACUAACUGGAUGUAUAACAGCCUGAACCUAUUAACGUAUCAAAUGCAAGCGUUCAUGUGUGAGGCAGCAAAGCUUAGUCGGAUGGUGUUCGGAAUCAUAGUCAUCGCAAUGGUGACUUCCACACUUCUUCGACGAAGUGUGACCAGUUCGAGCCAAGCAAUGCCUGCCACCAUCAUCGUCAUUGUUCUGGGUGGGAUGUGUGGGUUCGCUGGGAAAAUAUCGAUCGAUAGCUUGGGUGGCAGUGGGAUUCAUUGGCUUGUAUUGUGGGAGUGCUUGUGUUUAAUUCAUGCGUUGGCAACGUGCUUCACUUCUCUAUUGUACCACUUCCUCCACGGAGACCCAGGAAGAAACUACUUCGAGAAAGCUUCUCUAGCAUCUAGAAUAUCUACAGGCAUCACUGUUUUCGCCUUCCAUUCAGUAUUAGUCUUCUUCCUGCCAGUCAUGGCAGGAUUACUUCCCUUCGCUUCUCCGGAGGAUAUCAUGCAGAUAUUCUUUGACUGGUGGUCUCCGGGUACACCGCGUAGUCAAUAUCGUGUAAUUCCAUGAAUGAUUUGUAGAGUAAUAGGUGGUUGAAGAGGAACUUGUACAGUUAGGGUGAGCGAACAAAGCCUAUACAGAUGGUUCAAAGUUCAUGAGUUUCACUUCAGCAGAUUAUUCCUUCACUUGGACUUGUUCCUAUCCAUCUUGGAUCUGGCGUGAGAUUUUACGUCAUUAUAUUUGUAACAUGUUAGAGGACAAGCAAAGUUGUGCUGCUACUUCUGCUUCUUUCAUGCAGGGGUGCCUUCGGACUAAAUACAAACCGUCAGCAGCUGAAGAGCAAUAUUUUAUGCUUAUAUCAGGGCAACAAGCCAUC